ACACAUUCAUGUGUAAUGUGUUCUGGUUCAUGUGAAUGGGAAAUGGCAUCAUUCGGUGUCUGUCACGGGAGGGGUAAGAGAAGAAGAAGCGGCACACAAGUGACUUGCGCUACAGUUUAGAGAACCUGAUGAACAGCACGACUGGAACCGAGUCUUCAGCCAGGACAGACGCGCGCAGCGCUUUGUUCUCUCUAUCGCAACAUAAAACGCGAAAUACUACCGACUAUGGAGCAAAGACUUUUGUUCGUGUGGAUAGCUGGUAUGACACUCAUUUGUCUUUUGGUUGUGUCCGACGUUGUGUCCGAAGAACGAACGGUGAGAUAUAAAAUAUAUGAGGAGGUGCGUCCGCCGACGGUCAUAGGAACACUGGCCAGCAAUGUCACCUGGACCCCGGACAAAACCCGCACGUUCCCGGGCAUAAGGUUUAAACUGAUGAGUCCAUCCACCGGAUCCUUCAUCCGCUUUAGAGAAAGCGACGGGAGGCUUACGGUCGAGGAGCGCAUCGACCGGGAGCGCGUUUGCAAGCGGAAUCCGCGGUGCGUAAUCACGUUCGAUGUCGCUUUUGUGUCCGCCGAGCAAUUCGAGCUUUUCCACGUCGAGGUGGAAGUGAUGGACGUUAACGACAACUCACCAGAGUUUCCGCGCGCCGAGUGCACCAUCGAGAUCUCCGAGAGCGCGGCGGUGGGGACGCGCAUCCCUUUGGACGCAGCCGAGGACGCGGACGUGGGCUCAAACUCUAUCCAGUCCUACCAAAUCACCGAUAACACUCACUUUAGCAUAGAUGUCAUUACGAGGGUGGAUGGGGUUAAAUAUGCGGAGCUUGUGCUCAUGAAGGAGCUUGACCGAGAAAGUCGCGCGUUUUACGCACUGAAGCUCGUGGCGACGGACGGAGGACAUCCUCCGAAAAGCGGCUCUACCAAUGUUACUGUCAAAGUCAAAGACGCCAAUGACAACAGUCCUGUGUUUGACCAGAGCCAUUACUCCGUUGAUUUGCCAGAGGAUGCGCCCGUCGAAUCAGUCGUGUUGGACUUAAAUGCCAUAGAUCCGGAUGAGGGUCUCAACGGAGAGGUUGUGUACGAACUGGGCAAGCAAGUCACAACAAAGAUAAGACAACUAUUCAAGAUGGAUUACAAAACCGGACAGCUGACUCUGCAGAGUCCUGUCGAUUACGAAGACGAGACUACGUACGAAAUCGAUGUGCAGGCCACCGAUUUGGGUCACAAUCCGGUCCCCUCGAUGUGUAAAAUUACUGUAAACGUAAGAGAUGUGAACGACAACCCCCCUGAAAUAAGCAUCACCCCUAUCACACCUUUAACAGAUGGAGUUGCGCACGUUAGUGAAGCUACAGGUCCGGACAUUCUGGUUGCUUUGAUUAGCAUCAAAGACAAGGACUCUGGUGCGAAUGGACAGGUGAGCUGCACUCUCAACGGCGGACACGGCAACUUUAGACUCAAAAGGGCCUAUGAAGGCAGUUACACAAUAGUCACAAUGGCUGCGCUCGACAGAGAAAAGCUCCCAGAAUAUAAUUUGACCGUGGUGGCAGAGGACUUCGGUGCACCGCCGUUACGCACGGUCACCAGUUUUAUAAUAAAGCUAACAGACGUCAAUGACAAUGCCCCAGUGUUCAGCGCAAAGAUAUAUGAGGGCUUUAUAGAGGAAAACCAAUUACCUGGCACCUACAUCACGACAGUUGUGGCCAGCGAUCAAGAUUCGGGACUUAAUGGGGAAAUAACCUAUGAACUUUUUGACUCUGACACAAACAGCGUCUCCAGGUUUGCUAUUAUGAAUCAAGCGGGUAACGUUUACGCCCUUCAGAGUUUCAAUUACGAGGUCACAAAGAGGUUGGAUUUGCGCGUCCAGGCCAGCGACAGAGGAUGGCCGCAGCUUCAUACCAAUGCUGUUCUCGUUAUCAAUAUAGUUGAUCAGAAUGACAACGCCCCCAGUAUAACUCAGCCACCCUUAAUCAAUGGCUCUGCCGAAAUCCAGCUGCCCAGAGACGCGCCGCCCGGGUAUAUUGUGACCCGAAUAAAGGCAAAAGACGUGGAUGCGGGUUUAAACGCCGAGCUCACCUACAAGCUUUACGAUGGAGGCGAUUUCGGCUUUGCAAUCGACCCGAAUACGGGGGAGAUAUAUAUAAACCGCAAAAUUGCGCACGACGCGCAAGACAUAUGGAGAGUGCUGGUGACCGUGAAUGAUAACGGGCACCCGUCACUAACUUCAACAGCCACUAUUCAUUUUACUUUAACAGAGUCUGCGCCUUCAAAUGGCAAUUUCUACGAUGAAAGAGAGGAGGAAGAGCCCGGGCACUGGACACUGGUUUUAAUUCUGGCCCUGACGGGUUCUUCUUUGCUGUUUCUGCUUGUUUUGUCGUACUUGUUGUGCAGAAGUCGCAGAAACGGACAGAAGAGAAGCGCUGAGCUCCAAGAUGUUCCUUACGCGACGGAUAAUAACGCUGUGUCCAUGAUCUCCAACCACACAGCCAAUGUGUUUGACGCGCACGAGUUUCACUCCACGUCUGUCAUAAACACUCCUGAAAAACUCCACGACAGCGUGCAAGCAACUGCUGAAAGCCCACAGACCUUCAACAACAAAUACAGGAGUGUGGCGGGGGAAAUAGACGGAUAUUCUACUUUGCCUGGUUAUGGUAAAGAGGCGGCACGACCGAUCACGGUAUGGAAAGGUAACUCCAUGAUGACCAUCGCAGUAAGAGAUCCACUGAUAAGUGGCAAGGACAGUGGGAAAGGAGACAGCGAUGUGAACGACAGUGAUUCUGACAUCAGUGAAGGAGUCAAGAAAGACUACACUUCAUAUAAAGGUCUGUGGGCCUGUACCAGCGAGUGCAGAAUCCUCGGCCAUUCGGAUCGAUGCUGGAGUCCAUCUGUAAGCAGAAGCGGUGGAGGCAUUAAUCCCAGACAUCUCUCGACCUUCUCAAGGACACGACCGUCCUCGCAGGUCACAAUGAACAGAAACAGCUGUGAGACUCAGACAUUCAGGAGCGCAGCCUUGCAGAGCCUUACAGAGGAUCAACAGACUCAAUAUGAUUACAUUCAUGUUUGUUCACCACAGUCACAGAGGAGACAAGAAGACAUCCCAGUAUUUACACAUACAGAGCCCAUCACAACAAACAGUCCUGAAAGAUUUACAGACGACUGAUACCUCAAUAACAUGAUGUUUAGGUUGAUGUAUAUAUUUUUUGCUUCAACUGUAUUGUUUUGAUGUUUUGUAUAUACUGUAUAUAUUUUAAACAAUGUUUUUUUUUCAAUGCAUGUUUUGUAUUAUUAUAAUGUGUUUGUGUUUGUAAUUCACUUUGUCUGUAAACAACUGCACAACACAUUAAAUGUUUUUUUAUUCUAAAGCUACAAUGUUUUAUAAUUCAGAACAAUAUUUACUAAGAUCAAACAACUUGUUUCUUAAAAAAAAACCCUGAGGGAAAUAAAGCCGAUUACAGUAAAUACAGUGCUUUGCAUCUUUG